AUGUCAGGCAUUCAGCCUGUGGCGGUCUACGCCAUGCGAGUCCCUCCGGGCGACAUCAUGGUUCCCGCUGUUCCUGAAUUCGCCGCGAUGUUCCGAUUGACCAUGGCUGCCAUUGACCCAACCGCCGAGCCUGAGUUUGAAGACGCAGACGACAAGCGUUCGGCUCGCGCAACCCUCAAAAUUGUCCGUGUCCCAGAUCACAUGUUCGAUGACUCUGAUGACGAGGACGAAGAUGACGAGGACUUUCUCGCCGGACUCGAAGAUGAUGAAGACGAGGACUCUGAAGAAAUCAAUGGAGGCCCCAGUGAGAAGAAGUCAAAAUCAAAAGCAUCAAAAGAAGCCCCUGCAGCUGAAGAGGAAGAUGACGAAGAGACGGACGAGGAAGACGAGGAAGACGAUGACGAAGUGGACGAAAAGGCAAUGGCUCAAUUAAAGAAGCUCAUGAAAGACUCUAAGGGCAAAGGCAAGGCCACUGAAGGCGAAGAAGACGAUGAGGAGGAGGACUCUGAUGACGAAGCCGUCGAAAUGGACGAGGUUGUCGUCUGCACUCUCGAUCCUGAAAAGAACUACCAGCAAACCCUUGAUUUCGUUGUUGGCGAAGGCGAAAAGGUCUUCUUCAAAGUCUCGGGCACCCACACCGUUCAUCUCACUGGCAAUUACGUGAUCCCUCAGGACGACGGUACGGCAUCCCCCUACGACGAAGACGACGAGGACUCAGAAGAGGAGUACGACCUAUCUCCGGAUGAAGAUGAACUCGACGCUCUUGCCGAUGCUGAUGAAGAAUCUGAUGAUCUGGACGACCUGGCCGAUCCCCGUAUCACCGAAGUGGAUUCUGACGAAGAAGCGCCCAAACUCGUUAAAGACACAGGCAAAGGCAAGAACAAACGUCCCGCUGAAGGCAGCGCAGACGACGAGGAUGAUGAAGAUAAGGAAAUCAACCUCGACGACAUCAUGGCCAAAUCCUUGAAGAAAGAAGAUGGAACUGUCACCUCAGCUGCUACCAAUGGCGAAAGCAAGAAACUGACAAAGGCCGAGAAGAAGCGAUUGAAGAAACUCAAGAAGAACGACGGUGAGGCUGCCCCAGUCGAAUCUACUCCUGCCAUAGACACCAAGAAAGAAAAGGAAACCAACGGCAGCUCUUCUGGCUUGGAGAAGAAAGUCCAAUUCGCAAAGAACCUCGAACAGGGCCCGACCCCAUCUGGAUCGACCCCCGCCAAAUCCGACAAGCCUUCGUCAGGGGCAUCCCUCGGUGUGAAAGAAGUUGACGGCGUGACCGUCGACGACCGCAAAAUCGGCACCGGACCCGCCGCGAAGAAAGGCAACCGUCUCGAAAUGCGAUACAUCGGCAAACUAGACAAUGGCAAAGUUUUUGACAGCAACAAAUCUGGAAAGCCGUUCAGCUUCAAGCUCGGCGCCGGCGAGGUCAUCAAGGGCUGGGAUAUCGGUUUGGCCGGCAUCCAGCCUGGUGGCGAGAGGCGAGUAGUUAUUCCCGCCCACCUUGCGUACGGCAACAAGGGUAUGCCCGGGAUCCCGAAAAAUAGCAGGCUGACCUUCGACAUCAAGUGCUUGAGUGUUAAGUAA